UCUAAUAGAUAUGUUGAGCGGUUAAAAUAAUAACAUUUUUGAGUACAAAACAAAACGCUAUAGGCGCUACCGUGUUAUACCGUGUACCGCGGUAUAAGAUGAUGUUGUUGCACUUUGAACUUUGAAAACUAUUAUUAUUUUACGAGGUUACGAUGAGUAUAGCCUAUAGGGCCUACAACACAAAUAAAAAAAUAGAAUACGAUAACGACAGUACUGUUUUUGUACAAUAGUUAUCUCGAUAUUUGAAAUCACCACGUCAUGGUGACAUUGAUGAUUCGCCUAGGGAAGUUAGACAGUCGAGACAGCACAGCAGGCAGAGAUUUCCCCUCACAUUCCAAGAGAAUCAGUGCCUUGUGAAAUACAAGAGAGGUACCCCAAGAUACAAGAUACAAGAUACAAGGCUCCAUUCUGACUCUUGCACGUCGUACUCGUAGUAGAACAUUCUCCUGCGUACUGAGCUUUCUGUGCAUCAAGUGGCCACAGCUAUGGUAACAAUUCAGGCUAUCCCACGGAAAGCUCUUGUCGAUGAAGUGGUGAAGAUUAUUGUCAACCAGUUAAGGCCAGGGCAACCUGUGACCAUUGAGGCUCAGUUACAGGAAGAUAAGAAAGUGUUUUAUUCCUAUGCACAUUUUAAAGCAGACCAAACAGGGGUGGUCGAUCUUGAUGUGCAUCCUUCUAUCGGUGGAUCCUACACAGAUGUGAUGCCAAUGGGACUGUUCUGCAGUCUCUUACCUGUACCCGGACAAUUAAAGGGUAUGAGGUUGCUUAAGAAAGAUGUAGCAACUCCAAUGACAUUUGACCUUAGAGUAUAUGAUGGGUUACACCAUAUAGCUGACACACAUCAUGUGGCAUCAUUAUUAGCGAACACUACAUUAGAGAGGUGGUACAAGGCUGAUGGAGUAGUUGUGCAAGAGGUAGAACAUGGAAACAUCCGAGGGAGGCUGUUUUUGCCACAAGGUCCUGGGCCAUUUCCAGGCAUCAUUGAUAUGUUUGGAUCUGUCGGUGGCAUUGUCACGUUCAGGUCUGCACUCCUUGCCUCAAGGGGGUUUGCAGCUCUUGCCCUACCAUACAUGGGUUAUAAAGGUCUACCAACUGACUUUGCAAUCCCACUGGAAUAUUUUCAGGAGGCUGUUGACUGGUUCAGUAGUCAUCCACAGGUUCUUCCAUAUGGAGUAGGUGCAAUGGGAGUUUCUCUUGGCGGGGAGAUUGCACUGUGUAUGGCUUCCUACAUGGAAAACAAACAUAAGGUUAAGGCUGUCGUGUCCAUAAAUGGAAAUACAGUUCAUGGUGCUUUUAUUAGAAACAAAGGGGAAUACUUCCUCAACACAAAGACAGAAGGUUACAAAGUCGUUGAGUAUGAUGAAGGCAUAUCAUUAACAGAUGUUAACAGUGAAGUACCACAAGAUAGCCUGAUUCAGGUCGAAAAUGCAGAUGCUCCGAUCAUGUUUGUAACCAGUGGUGAUGACAGAUGCGUUUCGGAAAAGGAAGCUCAUGCUUCUGCUGAUAGGAUGUCACAGCAUGGCAAGCAUAACUAUGAGGUGUGCUUGUAUCCUGGAGCUGGACAUCUGGUCGAGCCUCCAUACUCUCCUCUGUGCAAUGCUUCUUAUCAUGCGGCUAUGGGUGAGCUACAGAGAUAUAUGAAAGUCAACAUUCAGUGGUGUGAUUUUUCUAUGUAUGCAAGGAACUCCUUGUCUCAAUAUUCAAAUCUGUAGCUAUGGAAUCGUUGAGUUUGUG